AUGGCACCUACAAUACUUUCUUCCACUCCACAUUCUCAAAAGGGUCAUGGUAGCAUCUAUGCAGAGACUCUUCCAAAGUUGCGUAGAUUGCCUCAUGGUGAGUCUUUGCAUAAAGCUUUGGUUGUUCCAUACACUCCACCUAAAGGUGAAAGGAUGCAGAUUUCCGUUUGGACUUCAUACAGAAAAAAACAACCUUUGCAACCCUUUAAACUGAAAUCUUCCAAACAUCUGUACAAUCUUUUUCAUUCUGCUAGUGUGGCACGAUCUAAUCCAUUUGGAAACAGAAGACUUUUGAAGAGAGAGCUUGGGCAUGUUGCACUACAAGAUAAUGUGCUUACUACCCAUGAGCCUCACACAUCCAAAAACGGCUGGAAUUCUGCAGUAGAAGACAUGAUAAAUCAAUUAUUUGGUGUUGAGCAAAAUGUUCCUGUCAAAUCUGGGGUUCAAAAAUCAGGCUCUACUCUGGUUUUGAAGGGAAAAUCAAAAUUGAGCCUUGGGUCAUUUCUCGAAAGAGAUUCCAUCUUGGAAAACAGAGUUGCAAUGGUUCGAUCUUUACCCUUGGACAAUUUUUCUAUUCCAGUAACAAAAGUAAGCAAAAUUGUAUUACCACCAACCACCACAGAUAAUUAUCAGUCAUUUUCAUUUACUUUUGGAAAAAAUUUGGCAACGGAGAAGAAAACCACAAUUCCUUUAGAACAAUCUGUCACUGCCUUUCCUUUGACAGGAACACAGUCUGUGUCAAGUGAUGGCUUAAGUGUGAAUGUCCCUUUCAAGACAUUGGCCAAAAUAUCAUCUUUGCAUUCAACACCUUAUAAUGCAGCAAAAAAACUUCCUGUGACUAACAACCCAAACAAAUCCAUUUUGAACAGAUCUAUUCCCCCUAAUCUAAUUUCUUCAGCACAUAUUCAACGUUUUGGUAAAAGUAGCACUGAUGCAAUGGAGCUCAAGACUUUGGCUUUUACUCCAUUAAAAGAGUUGCACAAUCAUACAUUGCAUAUUGAAAAUAAAACCAGCAAAACAUCUUUAAAUAUGCUGCUCAAUGGACAAUAUCCUACCUCUAGUGUUACGGAGACUUCUAACAGUCUCCCUUUUGAUAACUUCAAAGGCACCACAGAACCUAUUAAACGUGAAAAAAAACAAGAAUCUUUGUUUUCAACUAAAGAUACACUGCUUUCCAGAACAAAAUCGUCAUUGCUUGGCUUUGUGGACCCUCAGAGUACUACUCCUGCUGCAUUAACUUGGCAUUCUACAAAACCCAAAUCUCCUCCUCUACAACUAUAUAGUUCAUCUACUACAACCCCUGAGGUGUCCAGACUCACUGCAUCAUUUCUUCCCAGAAGUCUUGGUUUACCUUCUACUCCAGACACAUCUACAUCAGAUCACAACAAUUUCAAUACACUACAAAAGCACAAACCAGAAACUCAAAGACUGAAUGAAAGCUCAUUCAUUGUGCUUGGCCUUGUGGACUCUCAGAGUACUACUCCUGCUGCAUUAACUUGGCAUUCCACAAAACCCAAAUCUCCUCCUCUACAACUAUAUAGUUCAUCUACUACAACCCCUGAGGUGUCCAGAUUCACUGCAUUAUUUCUUCCCAGAAGUCUUGGUUUACCUUCUACUCCAGACACAGCUACAAUAGAUCACAACAAUUUCAGUACAUUACAAAAGAGCAAACCAGAAACUCAAAGACUGAAUGAAAGCACAUUCACUGUGAAUAACACAAUUGUCCCUACGUCAUCAGAUUUUACGGUGCAUAGUUCUCCAUAUAGUGAAGCUGUCUGGGGGGUUAGUUUUAAGAAGCCUUCAAGAAAAAAGGUUAGAUCAAGAGAAAUUUUAAGCUAUACAAAACAAACCAUCACAAAGCCGUUGCUUGACCACUCUAGUUUACCUGUAACUACAGUAAAUUUAUCAGGUUUUGGGAAAACUGUUGGUAGCACUGAUGUUUCCAUGCAUGGCCGAGUUAUCUCAAACCAUUCAACUACACAUUCAUCGGAACAAACGUUAACGUCCUCAAAGCUACCUAGUGUUCAAUCUCUUGCUGCAAACCAUUACCCUUGGCUUUUUACCAAACAGGAUGGUGCCACAGUUCCUCUCUCUCCCACAUUUAUGCCCUCAUCUGGACAUACUGCACUUAGGGAUAUGACUCGAGGUCUUCACAGUUCCUCAACCACUUCAAAAUUUUCUUCUCCAAUUUCUGAAGUGACGCAAAGUGCCAUAACUCUUGUACAGGACAAGCAUAAGUUUUUCAAAACUGUUACAGAUCCAAACACCUUGCAUUCCCAUCCUUGGACUUCCCCAAGUAAGAAUGUGACACACACAGUUGAUCAUUAUGGAACGGCGCCUACGGAUGUUUCAACGGUUACAGAAAUUACUGGAAUUUCUGUAACUUCAAAAUGGAAGUCUCUGACCUUCAGUGCUACCACACCAAUCUAUAACGCAAGCAGUGAAGUAGUGUCUGUAACUUCCUCUGAGACUACCUUCACCAAUACAACUGAGGAAGUAGAUUUAAGCUGGCUAAAUGGUACAGAUCUUGUCAAUAUAUCCAUAGGUUUCCGUAGACCAAAGCGCCCUAAAACUCCUUGUCCACAAGAAGUGGCUUCAACUGCAUCAACGCGAAGUGCAGUGACACAAAGCAUCAAGACUACAAAGUUCCAGGCCUCAGGAUCAUCUGCAGCUUUUCUUGGAAUGGUCACAAAAUUACAGCAUUCAGUGUCCACUCAAACCCAUCACACUGCCUCUUCAACCAUAAAACACACUAAAGGCCAUCUCCCUUCUCCAAACGUCCAUACAACAACUACCCUCAGAGGGACUACAUCAAGGUUAAUGCCAACGAUGUAUUCAACAAGUGCGGACAGAAUAUAUUUGAAGACUAAAGCUGCUGAGAUGGGACCAAUCCAUAAAACUACUUCUAAGGGUGCCAUAGCCACAGUGUCUACAUCUAGCACCCGUAACAGUACAAAGAUGGACAUUCUCACCUCCUAUUCUCCAGUGCCUGUCAUUCCUGCCAUGCUAGUGACCGAAGGUGCUAUAAAGGAUGAAGAUCUCUCAAUUCCUUCUUCUAUGGGAAACCAUUUUGUAUCAGAAUCUGACGACCCUCUAGCUGACCGAAGACAAACUCUUGUGCCUCCUACUACUACUGCCUAUUCACCAAUCGUGCCUCUAAACUUUCGCCUCACUGGGAUUGCGUACAGUUCGCAGCUACAGGAGAAGCAAUCCAAAGAGUAUACAAUACUGGAGAAAGAAGUACAACUAGUGGUGAGUAUGCAAGUAAUCAGUCCGUAUAUUGAUGUGCUAUGUAUUCCUGCAGAACUGAAAAUGUUACUGGAUGAACACGGCUCUUGCUUGCAUUGAAUGCUGCUAAAGCAAAUGCAAAAUGGAGACACUUUGAUAAAGCCCCUACUUUCAGUGUAUUUUCAUCAGACAGAGUGACCGUGUUGUGUAUGUGUGUUUGUUUCUGGGGCAUGUGGUUUUACCAGUACAGGGGGGCGGGGGGAGGAAAGAAAAAAGAGGUUACCUUAGGUGUGAACAAGUGAAAGAAAGGGAAUAUAAAAUUAGAAUUUUAAUUUUAUUUAUUUUUGGACAAUUUAAAAUCAGGGGAAAAAAAGAAACGUGUUUUGAUACUUCCCAAAAUAGCCACAUGGUAAAUUAAUGGAAUAUGCAAUAUACAUCACUUGAAGAGAACAAUUUCUAUUGAUUUUUGAUUUACUGUACUGUACAGUUAUACACGGUUAUUUGUGUAGGCUUUAAAAAAAAAAAAAAAAUUUAAAAAAAAAGCUGUCAAAGUUGAAAAAAGGAAAAUUUAGACUUGGAGUGUGUCUAGCCAACCUGCUUAAAAUUUUACAUUUAUAGUCUCUCCUAGUACCGUCCCACUGGUAGCACUUCAACUUGACUAUAGAUGAUAUAUUUAAAAACUCCAAAAUUAUUUCUGUACCAAAAGUCCAACAUUUCAAGCACAAUGCAAUAUAGCCUGGUUACACAUCAAACCUAAAACACAAUUUAGAGAUAAUAGUGAAUACUAUAUAAUCAAACACCUUCAUUACUACAAAAUUAUUCUUCUGCUUGUGUGUGCCUUUGUUUAUGUAGGUUUUUUAUUUUUAUUUUUUUUAUUUAUUUUUUGACAUUGCAAUGUUCAUUGUACAUUGCAGGUCUAUUGACUGUUAUACUGACCGCCACUAAAGGGAACUUCCCAUAGGACAUAGGUCAUUGAGUCAAUUUGUGCAUUUUAGUAAGGGCAGGGACACUAAACUGUUAGGAAUACAGGUCUCCACUCCUUCUUCAAAAAACAAAAAUUUAAAAACUCACUUUUUGCACAAAAGCAUAUCAAUUAGACUGUUAAUGGCUCCAAAAAAAUCCUCACUAAAUCUUCAAUGAAUAUCAUUCUACCAAUCUUACUUCCCUUACCUUUUUUUGUAUCACUUUACCCCACUCCCUCUAGCACGUAGGCUUAUUGAUGGGGGGCCCUCAACCCCUCUGUUUCUGUGCGUCAAACUUGUCUGGUUACAAUAACGUGUUUGUUAGUCCACCCAUUGUAAAGCGCUAUGUAAUUUGUUAGCACUAUAUAAAUAUAAUAAUAUUGAUGAUUAUGUCACUGACUGGGAACCACAGGUUCGAAUCCUGGUCCGACACCAAACAAUAUAAACCCUGCCCACCUCAAUAACAUGAGCAACACGAACCAAGAGUCAUGCCGGCUCAUACAAUGCCCAGAUUCACAAGGUCUGCAUCCGAUGCCAGGGAACCAAGGCAAUCUGACAAGUAGGCUACUGAAACAAAUCAUUCCGGAGAACCUAGACCUGCUUGAAUGCUACUACAAUAGCCGACCCAAUGAGAAGUGCUACAUGAAACGUAUGUGGGAGCGAUGGAUGAAUAAGAGACCACCAUCUACCCUGACACCAAAACAGCUGGUUACACAACGUUUAAACCUCUUCAAGAGGAAUUUAGUGUAACAACUAAAAUUAAAAGGACUACAGAAGAAAACCUCAACCAUGCCCUAUGAGGAGGACUAAGUACCCACAUACUUACCUGCAGAGAAUUGGAAAACUGCCAGACAGCAUGCAGUUAAUGACGCAUUGUCCACAAUCCCAACCUACACCAUCAGAGACCAUCAGGCUUAUAUAUGCUACAGCAAUAGGGGUCCUCCAGCUCAUUGACUACAAGAUCAGGCUCAAAGAGAAGCAAUGCCCACAACGGAGACUACAACUGGAAGAGUUAGUAAGCUGGAGCAACUUCAGAGGAGGAAAGAUCAAAGAUAGAUCCUGGCUGUUGCGGAAAUACAAGUAUAUGACCAUACCAGAGGUGCUGAAAACAGAGAAGCAAAGACUGACUGCACUGGCAACCAGACUGAGCAGAUAACAGAAGCGAAAAGAAGCAAUGUUCUCUUUACCAAAGAACCAUCCAAAGUGUAUGCACAGCUACAGGGUAACCACCACAUCUCCUCCCAAGACCCACCCAGUACUGGAAGAGUAUCUGGGAGAAAGAAGCAUCUCAUAAGAGGCCCAGUGGCUACUAGACAUGAAAACAGACAACUGCAUUCUUCCAGAACAGGUACCAGUCACCAUCACAGUCGAAGAUAUCAUACAGUGAGCGGCACACAUGAAGAGCUGAUCAGCCCCAGGACCUGACAUGAUCCACAACUACUGGAUAAAGAAGUUAACAGCGCUGCAUGAACGCCUAACAGCACAAAUGAACCAGCUACUAGCAACAGGCUCCCACCCCGACUGGCUAACAAAAGGCAGGACAAUACUGGUCAUGAAGGACCCUCACAAGGGAACACAAUCCAACUACUAACCAAUAACCUGCCUCCCCACAACAUGGAAACUCCUGUCAGGCAUCAUAGCCUCCAAGAUCCAAGGGCAUAUGAGUCAAUAUAUGAGCAAUACUCAGAAGGGGAUUGGAAACACCAGAAGAUCAAAACACAAACUACUGGCAGUCACAAGGGAUUGACUACAAGAAAGCCUAUGACAUACAUACAUACAUACAUACAUACAUACAUACAUACAUACAUACCUCUCUACAAGGUCAAUAAGACAAUAGGAGCCUUAAUCAAGAGCUCAAUGGAUAGGUGGAAAACAACUUUUGAAGCCAAUGCAUCAGGUAUCCAGCUGGAAUAAUAACCUGGUCACCCUGGAUGUUAGGACCCAGAAACUAUUCCCUAUAAAUGGAGGAUUCAACCCGUAUUCCAGCACCCAGAUUGUACACCAGCCAGAAGGACGGGGCCUGAUGCGUGUCAAGGCCACAGUCCUGGAUGAAACCCCGUGCAUCCACAAGUACAUCACGAAGAUGGCUCCCAAAGAUCUGCUAAGGGAAUGCUUGAGACAACAGAGGAUGCAGAAAAACUAAGCGGUUUCUUGGCAAGACAAAACUCUCUACAUGGGGUGUACCACUGGCCGUGUAUGUGGCUCACAUGACAAAAUCCUAACAGUGGUUGGAAAAGGCGAGGUUUAAAGACCGCACCGAGCACAGGAACAGGCACUCUGCACCAGAUCAGAAGAAGCUGGAGUCUACCACACGGGCAAAACCCAAGGUGCAGACUAUGCAAAGAGGCCUGAGUGCAGGUCUAAGAACAGCUAAGUUACUGCGCAGAACCCUCAAACUCCCAGGCCUCUAAUAGAGGACCCGAGAAUGAGGAAUAAACAUUCCACAAAGGAGGGGUGAGAAAAUCAAUAACAAAAGUGUUUAUUUUUUUCCUAAUUGGGAUUUUUCUAAAAAAAAAAAAAACUUACAAAACCUGCAGUUAAGUUAUCUGCAGCCUUUGAAAUCCCUCCCCUUCUAACUCCACCUAGACUUGAUGUGACUAUCAAAUCAGACCUCCCAAUGCAGCUUAAUGAGAAGUCUUUGCAAUGCUGGUGCUCUGGGCAGUUGCUGCCUCUUAAGUUUAGCUUCACUGAUCUAAACAAAACAGGAUAUGUAACAGGACCUAUUGUCUUAAAGCCAGGUACUGUAACAAUGUUAAAGUGCAAAUUUUUAUUUAAAAGCUACAUGUUUUGAAAAAAUGAAAAUACUAUAUUUUUUCACACAGCAAGCUGAAGCACUUUACUUGUUUGUAGUGCCCCUUUCAGUGAUCAGCUUUGCACAGAUUGUAUGGGACUUUAUGUAGGCUCGUUCAUUAACAAAUUGCGACCAGAGCAAAAAUGUUCAAGGGUAAUCUGUUUAUGUUGUAACAUUUCCCCUCUCCUUAUUAUGUUUUUUUUCCCUAUGUGUUGGCAUAUUAUGUCCGCUCCCCAUUCGGGAGUGCUUUCACUAAGUGAUCUAUUAACCUCCCGAACGGCGACCACCCCAAUGGUCCAUUUAGAACGCUCAUUAGGAUUUGGGCACCCUAAAAUAGUGCCAAAAAGGCAAGGGAAACCUUGGCGCUUGACCUCCCUUGGAUAGCAGCCCUUUCAUAUAGACUAACACCAUCCAGGGGGGAGCAUUCGUGAAUUGGUUCCCGAAUGAGUACCUUCCGAGGUCCUGAAAGAUGCUUCCCUUGCCUGGUUUCACACGGACUCUGCGAACGGAUGCUGUUUGACCCAUGUACCGUUGUGGUGGUCCCUGAGGUUAGUGUGGGCAACCCUUGGGGCACGGGCUAGUUUGGCGGGCUUUCUGUGCCUGGGAGACAGAGGCGGAAGCCUUUUUCCCACACUUUGACUCCCAGGUACAGAGGCUUCUGGGAUGAAGACCCCUCUGACAUCUGGAGCAGGAGACCAUGGAUUUGGGUGGUGGGAACGGGGGACAAAGGGAGCCAAGUCCCUGUCCUGCGCUAAGACCCCUGGUAGGGGGAGAACCCUGGGAUGGGAUACUGUUGGGGUUUGUUGGAGACCCCAUGCAUGGGCCUUUGCAUAGAAGAAACAUUUUCUGCAAUGCUUUAUAAUUCUAAAAUGGGGAUAUCUGACAAGUAAUUUACAUAAAGAAUAUAACAGACUGGGUGUAGAAAGCCCUGCUAAAACCAUACUACAGUCCGAUACAAAGCUUACAAUACAACUGAUCAUGACCUACUAAUAAUACAGACUACAUACAGAAGCACGAUUGGCUUAUACUUGGUGAAUUAAGGGAGACCUCUGCUGAACACACUAAAUAUGACACCAGCCUUAAACCAAUUCUAUACUAGUAAGAGGGUCUGAUAUGUCACGUGCCCUGAAGCUGUACAAUGUAUGAGAACACACUUGUAGAGCAUGAAGCUUAAUAGUGGCUCUAAACCUAACAAUGCUUUAGAUUUUAUACCACAGGUGAAUGUACUGUAUCGUAGAAUUGUCUGCAAUUUGGCGGUUUGUAAAUACCUGAAUUGGAAAAACUUGAGUAGAAAUUUGGCUGAAUGUCAGCCAACUGGAUGUACAAAUGUUUUGAGUAGUGCAAUAGGUGAAAUGAACUUGAAAGGGAAACAUUUUGACAUGUUAUGACACAAAGAAGCCAUUUGUAUAAUACCUUCUUGGUAGAUCAAACAUGUGACCCAGCAGUUAGAUAACACUACUUUUGGUACUUUGAUCGAAGUAGAUAAAGAUCCUAUCGCUUAGUAAGUGUUUGACACUCCAGGAAAUAUUGCCCUUUGGCGAGCUACAUGCCUUGAGUGUGUGUUCAUGAUUUCAGCUUUAUUCGUUCUAUCUGAUGAUGGGAUCUUAGAGUCAUGAAAGCUAGCAGUUACUACACUCUCCAUUAAAAGAACAUUAAUAGGAUAUUUUUAACACCAUACCAAUAAAAAAAUCAAUAAAAUUUGUAUUUUUACAAUAAAAUCUCAACAAGUAAAAUAUUUAUCAUUUUUACUUGAUUAGUAUACUUAUCUGAUUAUAGAAUUACAGAAGUGGUCAAUUAAUUUAUUAAGCCUUCAUCCUUUCAAUAUAUUCCUUCUCCCCACCCAUAAUGGUCUCGGAUAUGACAGUGUCAGGUUAUGAAAUAUUUUAAUAUUUUUGCAGGGUUUUUAUAUAUCACAAUAUGUAUUUUCAUUGGAGAAGCAAACUCCAUCGUCACCUGAAAAGGACCACAUCUCAGAUUAAGAAGAAUCCCCAUAGGAUUUCUUCACCUGUAAUCUUAAUAUUCUGUGUAUUGGAUCGGCCUCCGUGACGAGCCCUCAAUAUACAAACUGUCUCUUAACUAUUCUUAAAAGGAUCAGAAAGCUGGAAACUAUAUUGAUAUAUGAUAUGAUUUUUUUCAAAGACAAGUCAUUUCUAACUUAUUUGUUUAGUAAAAUUUUGUAAAAUUAGGAAUUGCUUGGUGAGGGGAGGUUUUUGAAGUCAAAUGUAACUGAUUUUAAAAUGUGUCAAUAAAAUUCUCAUUACUUUUCUUGAAGUAACAUAAGGGCCGGUUAACGGUUUACUGUUAGCUCAUUAUGUUAUGACGAAUGAUAACAUUUUAAAGAACAUUCUAACAAGGCUUUCUGUAUCCUUUUUGCAGUUAAACAAGAUCUUUUCCACAAAGUAUCAAAGCGAAUUUCUUCAAUCGACCAUCAAAAACUUUUUGUAAGUGAAAAUACUCUUAUUAUUGUGGUAUCCUAUGCAAAAUAAAUCGCAAGUCAAAUGUACCCAUGCUAAUCUUUAUGAUGUUACCAUUUUAUUUAACUGCAUUUUUCCUUAUUAACAGAUCUUACUACCCUGGAUAAUAAUACAAACUAUAAUAUUUACCCAAUUCACUUCCUGUGGAACUCGCCUCCCUCCUCCGUUAGAUGCUCACCCAGUCUCCACUCCUUCAAAAAAUCUUAAAAACCCACUUCUUCAUAAAAGCGUAUUGUAACGGAUCACCUGGCACCCCGACUGGGUACCUCCAUUGAAGGAUGCUCCUACCGCUUCCUGAGGACUCCAAGCACUGCAGCAGACACCACAACCACCGUAGACUCCUUUAGAGAGCAAAAACCGGAACAAGCACUUACAAGAGCUUAGUGAUUAUAGCAAGGGAGGAUGCAGAGCAUAGCAAUCCCUUGUAGCAGAUUCCCCCCAAUAAGAGACUCCAAACUGAGGGUGAAGUAGAACUGACUUUUAAUGAUACAUACUCUGCUUUUAUGCAAUUCUCCCCUGCAAGGGAGACACCCACAGAGAAUUACACAAUACCCAAUCACACAAUGGUUACAUCCCACACAUCUCCUCCUCUUAGCCGGAGAGGUAACCCAAUUAUCUAUACAUUUUAAAACACUCUUUUUACCCAACUUUCAUAACUCUAAAACCAUACAUCCAAUAUUAAGUCACAUAUUAUUAAUCCGCACAUUCCAAAUACAAACAUACCCAAAAAUCAUUCGAAUCCGUUCAGGAGAUACAUACAAGUCACUUUUUUGACCGACCGCAAGCACAUUUUCAUGUCCAAAACAGUUCCGUGGAUUUGGGCUGUGCGGUCGGUCUAUUUUACACUGAGAAAAUGACUAAGUCCCAUUCGAAUGAGCGUUCGAAUCUUCGAACGGGACUUAGUCUCCAGCCGCAGUGUUGAAGUAGAGUAGAACGUAGGGGGUCAGCUGUGUUCGUGAAAUUGGGUAGCUGCAAACAGUUCCAUAGAUUUGGCUGUACACACCGCUGACCGCGUUCGAAUUUUAGCUACCGUGCUGAACAAAUUGUUGUUCUCCUGGUUUUCCACAGAUGGUGUGUAAUGGGUUAUCAGUUUGCUUGUGCAGUAAGACCUACACGCACCAGAAAGCUAAACAGUGUAUGCAGUGCAACUUUAUUCUUAAAGGGAUUCUAUAGUGUAAGGAAUACAAACCGUCUCCCUACCUUUUGGAAGAGCUGGCCUGGAUCCUUUCUCUAUGGUUCUAGUCUUCGUGCUCUUCCAACGCUGCUGUUAAAGCACAAUAUAUACCAUAUGAAAUACCUUGAAUUGUUUUCUUGGUGGGCAUUCUGUGGGCUAAUUUGAACAAUCAAACUGCUAUAAUGCCACAAAAUAAGUCCGACCAAUCAAAUCCAUCUAUUAAAAUUCUAAGUGUUAAACAGUUUGGUAUAUAGGAUUGUGGCAAAGGCAUACGUUUGUACAGGCGUAGUAAAUCAGGUUGAUGAACUAGUUGUUUUGAAAACAAAAACUUUUUGUUUUGUGUGUAUGCUAAAAGUAAAAAAAAAAAAAAAAAAAAACUACAUUUUUACUGCAAUAUUUAGCAAAGACUGUCAGUUUGCAUCAUAAAGUGUUCUGCUGUGGAGGUAGGUGAUAACUAUGCUUCACCGCUGUUACUUCAAGAUGAUCUAAUCCUGCUUGCAGAGUAUAUACUAUAAAAUCUUAUUUCAAAGGUUAAAUAGACAUUUGUACAGAGAUUUAGAAAGAUUUUAGGACUAGCAGAAUUUUUUUUUUUUUUUUAGAAACACUUUAGUGUUGCUACCAUAACUUAAAGGAACACUUUAGGGCAGUGUUCCCAAUCCAGUCCUCAUGGCCCACCAACAGUCCAGGUUUUGUCAGUAUCUCCACUGGAAUAAAACGGAGAAAUGCAUAAAUACUGGACUGUUGGUGGUCCAUAAGGAUUGGGUUGGGGAACACUGCUAUAGGGUCAGGAACACAAACAUGUAUUCCUAACCCUAUCAUGUUAAAACCACCACUUAGGCGGCUUGCUGCCCAUAAAAGGUAAUAAAACGCAUCUUGUUUCUAGCGCCGUGCGGGUCUGCUGGGGCUGGCCCUGCCUCCAAUCUGCCUCCUUGUUGAUUUCAUCAGAAUUUUAUUUCAGCCAAUCCAAUGUUUUCCCAUAGAGAAAAUAUAAUCAAUGCAUUGAAUCAAUACAUCUCUAUGAGAAAAGUUCAGUAUCUCCAUGCAGAGUGUGGAGAUGCCGAACGGCAGUGCUGCACAGUGUGCAGCACUGUCCCAGGAAACACCUGGAGUGGCAACUGGGGGUGUCCCUAGGUGGCAAUGUAAGCACUUCAUUUUCUCUGAUACAUGCUUUAUAAUUUAAAGCCAAUUUUAAGGUACACUAAUUUUUUAUAGAAAUUCUAUUUUUAUUUUUAUUUUGACAGCUGGUAAUGUUUCUUACUCCUUUGCAUUGCAGGAAUGGGUCGGUUAUUGCAGAGACUGAUCUUGUGUUUGCUAAUCAGUCACCCAUCCCUAGUGGCUCCAACAUUGUAAGGACACUGCUUUCCAGCAACCUGGCACAGCAAAAUGAAUUUGGAUGGCGCAUUGAUUCCACUUCUGUAGAAUCAAAAGGUUUGUGUUCCUUCUUUCUUUAACAUAAUGUUAAGUGAUCAUUGCCUUGUGGUGAUUACCAUUAGAAAAUCUGUUAAUGCUUUUUUAAAACUUAAAGGAACACUAUAGGGUCAGGAACACAAACAUGUAUUCCUGACCCUAUAGUAUUAAAACCACCACCUAGCCCCCUGACUCCCUUUUGCCUCCCCAAAUAUAGUAAAAUCUUACUUGUAUUCAAGUCUGCUACUUCUGACCUGCCUGUGUGUUCUCUGCUAACCUCAUCAGAAGUGGUGGUCUGAGCUAAUCACAAUGCUUCACAAUAGGAUUGACUGUGCCUGUCAAAGAGGCAGAUCAGGCGCAGAGCUGGCGUAUGACAACAUAUUCCGGCUCCUUCGCUGUGUCUGAUAGGAACUCUGCCGCCCGCUGCAUGGGUCCACUAGGUGGGCAGUAGGCCAACCUCUUGGGGCUCCCCCUAUUACAGGGGGAACACGGGAGCGGUAUCUAGGCGGCGCACGGUCGCAGGGGUCAUGGCCUUCAGCAGCUAUCUGAAAAAUCUUUGUUCAUUUUGUGUAACUUUGAAGGGGCCAGUUACCAAUGGUACAAGAUCUUGUAAUGGUUCUUCAUAUGGCCCGAGCACUGUUCUACGUUUAAGGGAUGUAGAUAUCCAAAACCAUUCUUCCAGUUCCCACUGAAAGCCUAGAUCACUCUCCCAUGCCAGCAUGAAGUCCAGUUUGCCUGUAUUGGUUGGAAACAAAUAAGAGUAGCUUAAAGAAAUUGUAUGCUUGGGGCGGAGCCUGACCGCGCAAGAAAAUGGUAGCUUAAUUCUUGAGCUCUGCCGAGGGCUAGCCCAAAUCCUCAGCCGUCUUCAGCACCUGAGCCCCCUUUACUCCCCUAAAACUCCAACCGCACUCGCCCACUACAUGGGUGGGGCCAAAAAGACCCGAAACUCGUCUGUGGCACCGAUCUUCAGACGCACACAGGAGAGGGCCCAGACACCAGCGCCGGAACUCUCCCUCCCUGGCGCGGACUCCGAAAUGAGCAGCCAAACGCCAACGUACAGAGCGGAGGCUUUCGUAAUUCAGUGGCGGAGGAGCUGGACAAGCUGCUCAACCCUAUUUUGGAAAAAUAUGGCGGACAUCACAGCCUGCGCGCAAGCCACUGAAGCCAAUAUGGCGGAGGUACAAGAAAGCGUGCACACACACGAGGGAGCUCUGAGAUACCUCCGAGAUCAACUGCGCGUCCUAGAGGAUGCGAAUGAAGACUUAAACAAUAGGACACGCUGCAACAACAUUAGGGUGCGUGGGGUCCCAGAAUCGGUCACCGCCGAGCUCCUUAUGGACACACUGCAAAACGUGUUUACUCACCUCCUGCCGGAGGCUACAAUGGCGGACCUCCUCAUGGACCGAGCGCAUAGAGCACUGAGAGCUCCCAGCACGACCUCCACCACCCCCCGCAAUGUAAUCGUACGGAUGCACUUCUUUCAUAUUAAGGAAUACCUCACGCGGGCCACCAGAGAGACCCCCGUGGAAGGAGUACCGAUCCAAUUGUAUCAAGAUUUGGCGCCAGCUACCCUCGAGACAGCGGGAGCUCCGUCCACUGACUCUGCACCUAACCCAGCAUGGCCUCCGUUAUGCCUGGGGCCAUCCCUUCAAAAUUAUAAUAUGCAAGGAAAACAAAUUCUACACCUUAGCGAGGCCGGAAGAGAUCCCAGCCGUCCUCGAGCAACUAGGCCUCACUCCGUUACCUGAAACGCUCCGCGCCACUGCAGGCACCUCCACGCUGUGUGAUCCUGCCAACAGUCCUCCAACCUGCAGCGAAGCGCACCGACAACAGUGCGCAGGAUACCGGCCAUCUGACGCCACACUCCCGUAAAGAGAUACCGACCACGACCUCCAUGCACGACCCUCACGACACCUGCACACCUCACAACUAG